AUGACAGCCCCGUCGCCGCCGGCUUCUGCCGCUUCCAAUUGGCGAUAUUCUAGUCCUGGCGCCUUCAUCAGCCUGAGGCUCGUCCUUGUGACUGUUGCCCUGGGGGUUUUCAUCAACUUCUACCUCGGAAGGCGACGACAAACAAGGCUCGACGAGGCCUACGGCGCACAGCACGGCUGCAAGCCCGUGGUCCCACGGGUGCCCUACAAGUGGCCGCUGGCAAUCGAUCUGUUCAAGAUCCAGUACGACGCGCUGCGGUCCGGCCACACGCUCGAGGCGUUUAGCAAGUACAUCAACAUCGAGGGCACCAUCAAGUUCGAGGUGUUCGGCGGGUCCGGGCUCAUCAUCAACGACCCCAAGAACAUCGAGGCCAUCCUGUCGACCCACUUUGAGGACUACGGCCUGGGCUCGCGCCGCAUCGGCGCCCUGCCCCUGCUCGGCGAAGGCAUCUUCACCCAGGACGGCACCGCGUGGCAGCAUUCGCGCGAGCUGAUCCGCCGCCAGUUUGUGCGCGUGCAGAAGCAGAACCUGCGCGACUUCACCACCCACGUCGACGAGCUAGUCUCGGCCCUGGCCGACUCCGCCGUCGACAGCGCCACCGUCGUCAAUAUGCAGCCCUACUUCACCGAGUUCACCCUCGGCACCACCACCCAGCUCCUCUUUGGCGAGCCGCACAGCGUCCUGCCCAAGGCCGACCGCGACGCCCUGCGCGAGAGCUUCGACUAUGCCAGCCAAAUUUUCGGGAUCCGCCUGCGCCUGGCAGAUCUUGCACCGCUCUACAACCCGCCCAGAUUCAAGAAGGCCUGCAAGACCGUCCGGGACUGGGCCACCUUCUUCUCCGACAAGGCCAUGCGGUACAAGGACACCUUUGGCGAGGAAAAAGCCUCUGACAAGUACUCGUUCCUCAUCGACCUCUGGCGCGAGAUGCGCGACGAGGAGCUGGUCAGAGACCAGCUGCUCCACAUCUUGAUUGCCGGACGUGACACGACGGCUGCCACAAUUGGCUGGACCUUCUUCCAUCUGGUUCGCAAUCCCGACAUUCUCGCCCGGCUCCAGAAGGAAGUAGCCGAUGUUCCUCGAGACGAGCACGUCACUCGCGAAAUGAUUGCGAGGCUGCCCUAUCUCCGCUGCUGUCUCAACGAAACACUGAGACUGUACCCCCAGCUAGCAGUCAACGUCCGCUUUGCCGUCAAGACGACCAUCCUGCCCCAGGGAGGCGGGCCCGAUGGCCGGUCCCCAGUCCUGAUUCCUAGAGGCACUGGCGUGGGCUGGUCUACGUACCACCUGCACCGGCUCGAGUCCAUCUACGGGAGAGACGCCCGGGUGUACCGGCCCGAGAGAUGGGAGGACGGGGAGCUGAUCAAGAAGGCGGGCCUGGGCGGCUACGUCGACUUCAACGCCGGUCCGCGGAUCUGCCUGGGGAAGAACUUUGCGCUCAUGGAGAUCAGCUACGCCAUCAUCCGCAUCCUGCAGGCUUUCCCCAACAUACGACUCCCGCCCGGCGAGCAGAAUUUGCCGGUCGGAGAGGAGCUGCAGGACCUGUCUAUUAUUCUGUUUCCAGGCGAGGGCGUGAAGGUCCAGUUGAAGUAG